GGGUAAGAGCCCGCUCAGUUUAAUUACUUUAGACACGAUGCUUACUGAGGUGUUGUUCGACAAUAAGUUCGCUGAUCGUUUGCUAGCCAUAGAUGAAUUUCACUGCGGUGUGCUUAUCGGUGGAUGUAUUGGACCUCAAGAGUGUCUGUUCUUACCCGUUGAAAUCCCAAAAGAUGAAGCAUCUGAUGAUCCUCAACAUCACUCUGUUUUAUUCCGUAAGAUUGAGGAUAUAGAAGAAAAAUGGGUCGCAUCACAUUGCCGAAAUCUUUCACGGAUGAUACCCGGAGGUGUUCAUAUAAGUGGUAUUUGUUUCGUAGUUCCACACAGUGAAUUUGAUGUUCAUGUUGAGCACACCAAGAAAAUUCUUUCUCAUGUUUCACGUGACGAAGCGCUUACCAGCAAAUACAUGUGCUCAAGUAACAGAGACAAAGUGGUACUUGUAGUUGACCCUCAAACGAAAAAGUUCUUAUGUAAGGCUACAUGCGCAGACGGAUCUAAUAGUCAACUCAGGACGUUAGAUGUCAAGGUUCGCCCAGUCAUAGACCGAUGGAUGGCGUUUAAAACUAACAUAUUGUUAUCUAUAGAAACGCACUUGCCGUCUGAUCGAAAGAAAGAAAGAAUUUUGCACCAGCUCCAGGCUGCUGUCGAACCAUACAUUCAAUCCCUGGUUACGGAAACUCAACUAUUAAUCAAUGGUGAAUUACGUCAACUCGAUGAGAAAUUGUUGAAGGAUUCGGAUCUUUCUAUUCCUUUUGACGGUGAUAUGCAGAACAAGAAAACUAAGAAGGCAUCCAAGUCAAGGCGAUAUGACAUAUCUUUAGGAGAUAUGAAUCAGUCUUGUGGUUCCACAGUGGGAGGCAAGAAAUAUGUUGUCACCAAGGAAUCAGCCAGUCCAGCUUUCGCUCCAUUGGAUAUAAUAAUUUUUGGGCCACAGUUUCCUCAAUGGCAGCGGGCAAGUUCAUCAUCAUCUCUUGAAUCUGGUGCUAGUUCUGAUACAAAUGUGAACAAUGAAAAUGAUACUAACGGAUCUUUAGGUAGCUUUGUUCCAGUUAAUCGGUUAUCAAUAAAUGGUCGAAUUCCUGGCAUAGCAUUUCUACCAGUUAAUUCGAAUGUUGGAGAUCUGCUUGAGGCACUGCGGAAAGAUCUCAUCAGAAGCAUUUUGGCACGAUUACAACUAUUAACUGAAGAAUUACAUAUUACUAGUGCUGAACUGGAAGUUCCUCGUAUGAUGUUGCCUCAACGAGUAUUAGUUCGACUUCCUCCUUGUCCAACACUACCAUUAUCUGAUUACAAAUUCUUGUCAGAAACUGCAGAAGAUGUUGUCAAUCGUUUGAUUUACUUCUGUUCUCCUCUUGGUGUCACUGGGGGUGGUGGUAGUGCUGCUGCUGCAUCUGGAGAUCUCGUCAGUUCAGGCAUCUCGAAUUCUUCUUCAAAAAGUUCUCUUGCUGACGUUGAAUCAAAUGCUUCACCUCAUGAUCGUAUUGAUGCAUCAUGCUUGGAUACUACUCUUGAAAAAAAUCCUGAGGUUAGUGCUGACGAUGAAUAUUCAGAAGCAGAGUUGAUAGAUGAGGUUACUGAAUCAGUGCCAUCUCGCAGUCCGUGUACGUGAAUUUCUUUAUUAACUAAUCAUUUUUUCAACUAUCACUGUGUUCUCUCUGAAAUCAACGUAAAAGAAAGUCUAUAGUUAGAUGAUUUCUAUUGUUACUAUUCUGAGAAGCUUAUACUUCACCCAUGGAGUUGGGAAGUCAUUUCAGAGUAUUGUUUUAGAAUACUGGUUAACGUUUAAACCAGUGUUGUAUGUCGUUUGAUACCUGAGAUAUUCCGUUUCUAUACAGCGUUGAAUCGCUCGACACCCUGUUGGCAGAUGGGCUCCUAUGCAGAUGUUUCGAUACUACUGGCUAUUUAUCAUAUUGUAUUCAUCUUAGUGACUCGCAAUGGAAUCGAGGAUGCGCGUUUCCUUCCACUUGGGACUCGUUAGCUGCACGUCAGUGAGUGAUGGUGCUCCGACCAAAAUUCGCACCCAGUAUCCAUCGCUUUAACGCCGGAGCGUUAUUCACUAGGUCACUGAGGUACCACAGCCACCUCUUGUACAACAGGUGCCAGUUAUUAUUUUAUUGUUACCUUUUAAUUUCUCGAUGUUAUACUGGAUAGAAUUACUGUACCUCCGUUUGGAGAUGGGCUCUUAUACAAAAGCCUCGAAACUGUUUGGAUGUUCACUAUCCGAUGGUAGAGAUCGAGUAACGAAAUCUCAACUAAUGGAUUUCUCGCCUGUAUUCUCCAUCAGUUGGUUGUUAUAAGUCUUGUAAUCGAGUAGAUGAGCGUGUUUAUUGUCUCUGGAAUGCUUUGAAGAAACAAAGUGUUUUUGAUAGCAACUUGAAGUGAUGCUGGUUUGAAUAAGGAUGGAAUUCUUCAUCGUUGCAGAUAUAUGGUUAUGUUGAGUACUAUUGAGCAUAAAAUUUGCUUUUCCAUUCAUCGAUAACAAUGCACUUAUGCGCAGUGUAUCACAUUAUUGUACCACACAAUAUAACUUGUCGGCUUUUUGAGAAGUUGAUAUUUUCUUUCAAAGCUUGUUCUCCCUCCCCCAGUCCUCACCUAAAGAAAAGUGUUUGUAUUAAUUGGGAUAACUACCGAUUAACAAAUAUUUCACAUAGUUUGUACUAAACCUUUUAUGAUUAGGUUACAUUGCUUAGGAUGCUCGAUGUUCUUACCUUUUAUGUCAAGUUGGUCGUAUCUAUCGCGAGAAGUCAAGCGUAGAUUUACAUCCUGUGUAACUAUCACCAUAGAAGCAAAAGAUAUAAUUUCCAAAAAUUGUUUGGAUACAAUUUUCAUGAUUGAGUAAGUUGCUUCGAAAAGAAUAUCUACGAUGACAUAGGAUUGAAGAGAUCAUUUGAAAAUCCUAAUAUACUUCUGUGAUAUACUGGAAUUAUGUUUAUGGAAAUGCAUUGAUAACCGUAUACUUUCGACUAGAUAAUCUCCUCAUUGUCUCUAAGUAGCAACUGUGACACCACAUAUUUCGAUUAAUACCGUGAAAUAUCUUCUUCAUAUCAUAUAUCGUGAACACCCAGCACUUAUGAUUACAUUCUGUCAGUGCGCACUGGAUCAUGAAGUGGAUUCUGCCUAGUUGUGUUGUAUCUUGAAAGUUAAUUGAUUUGUUCAUAGUGUAUUGUUUUCGCUUUUCAUCCUCGUACACUAAUAAAAUUCAUGCUGCUUUGUUGCUUUCAAUUAAUAGUUUUGUAUUUCAUCUUUCUCUCUCUCUACACCUCUCUAGUGUUAAUUUCCAGUCCUCUCAUAGUAAUUACCAGCAUUAUUACUUUGGCUAUAGCUGUUCUCUUCGCCUAUUAUAUUUUCGCACAGCAACAUUCCUCAAAAGGUUUAUCACCACCAACACCACCACCACCAUUGCCAAAAUAAAUGUGAUUAUUACUUAUUAUCGAUACAAUGUACAAGACUGUCUAAAUUUCUAUUAUCCCGAUGAUAAUAAUCCUUUUUUAUUUAGUGAUAUACAUCUAUAUGGAUAAUAAUAUUGCCUUUCAGACUAUGCAAAACAACUAACGCCUUAUUUCUUUUGAUCCCUUUUCUUUUGGUAUAAAAGAAAAUCGACCAGUGAAAAACAUACACAUACACAUACAUACAUUCCAAUUAUAUCCCUUUCUUCAUCUUUUUUUCUCUUUUCGAUUGUUUAUUGUUUGCCAUGUCUUCUUACAGACAUAUAGGCAUAAAUUAAACAGAUUUGUUUUAGGUAAUCUAGAAUACUGAAAGCUGGUUUGGCUCUUUUAAAAAAAUAUUUGUGAUUCAAGGGGGUUGGGUGGGUGGGUGGGUGAGUUAUUUUGCCUGUGUGAUCUAUUCAUUAUUUCAACAAAAUAUUGUUCAUAAAUAAAUUUCAUCAUAUCUCUUUCUUCCUUUUUUUUUCUCUUCUUCUAAUGUUCUUUAUAAAUAACUUUCUAUUUUCUAAAUUAUUUAUACGCUUCUGAGUAAGUUGUUUUUUUCAUUUGUGUCAUUAUUUUUCUCAAUUUUUUUUUCUUGAUGUAUAUCUUCAUACAUCAUCUCAAAUGGAAACGAGCGCAAUCACAUACUUCAAUAUGCGGUUGUACAGGAAAACCUCUGUGUGUGUGUGUGUGUAUGUGUAUGUGUGGAUAUUUCUGAAUUUGACCAGUUGCCUAAGAAAAUUAUAUUUCUUAAAAGUUAUAUAUUUCUAGGUGUUAUUGGGUGUUCAGUCAGUCUUCGCUUUUUCUGUUAUUACAAUAUAUAUGUACAUCAUAUAGAAUAUUAUUUUAUUGUCAAUAGACAAUUUGUUCAUUAUUCAAUACUCUUGUAAAAUGACUAAUAGUCAACAAAUGACAUUAAAGAUAUUAAGUAUUAAAUAAAUAAGUUUUCAGUUUA